AUAAUAAAUAUCAUAAUUUCGGAGAUUCCCUUAAACCCCUCAAAUCUUCCUCUCGAACCCUCUUAAUAAUUAAGUAUUUUACGAUGAUGAAUCUGCCAAAUCACCAAAUCCGACAAUGUAGCCACCGGUGUCUUCCCACAACAAUUCUCGCUUCUUCUUCUGCAAUCAAGUCCAUCAUAUCUUAAUUUUAUAAUAAAUUCGAAUGUCGUGAAGUAUAAUUCUGUAAAUAUCACUCUCCAACCUCAAAAACCUCAUCAAUGGCUGCCAACAUCACAACACGAAUGAUUUUGGAGCAAUCAAGAAAACGCCAGAGACUCAGCCAUGCUCCGAAGCUUCUACCUACCGAACAAGUCGAAGUCCGGAGUGUUGAAGAGGGACUCCGAGGUUCAUGGCAUCGAGGCAUUGUGAUAGAAUGUAGAACACAGAUUCGUGUGGUGAAAUACCAUAAUCUCUUAUAUGAAAAUACUUCAGAGAAUCUUAUUGAGUCCAUCCAAGUUUCAUUUGCAGUUGAUGGCAACAUUCCAACCAACUGGAGACAAUCUGAUUUCCCUAAUUAUCGUGGCAAGAUAAGGCCUCUACCCCCUCACAUCAUCUGUGACAAAAUAUAUCUCCAUUAUGGACAAUGUGUGGAUGUAUUUCAUGAAGAUGCAUGGUGGGAAGGUGUUGUAUUUGAUCAUAAUGAUGGUUUUGAUGAACGAUUGGUUUUCUUUCCUGAUAUUGGUGAUGAGUUAAGGGUUCCAUUGAAGAAUCUAAGGGUCACUCAAGACUGGGAUGCAGCUACUGAUGAAUGGAAUCUUCGAGGGGAUUGGAUUUUUCUUGAAGUUAUUGAGGAACUAAAAAUGGAAUGGCCACUUGUUGUUUCUGUGAAACAGAUUUGGUAUGAAGUGAGAAUGACAAAGUGUUUUUCAAAAGAAAUGAAGGAGUGGACAUGUCCAGUGAAAGAAAGCUGGAAAGAAACUGUUAAAGAGGUAAUGGCAGAUAGCUUUAAGUUAACAAUGGCAGACUUCUUGCAUACGUUUUCAGAAGAUAUGGAUAUCAACAAACGGUUUCUUGAUUCAGUGGUAAAUCUUGAACCUUCCUUUUCCAAAUCUCUUGAGGAAUUUCAUGAUCAUGACACAGUUUUGGCUAUUAAAUCUGAUCAUGAGACUCUUAAUUCCCCUUCUGAAGAACCAAAAUCUGAAUGGACCAAAACCGAUAUAUCUCUUCAAGCAGAGUGUUUCCCAGAUGCAAUUUUUGAAUACUACAAAUGCUUCAAAUCUGGUAAAAAACCUUCAGGUUCUAUAACAUUGAAAGUUAGGCAACAUCUUUCCUAUUUGGGAUGGACAAUUGAGUGCAAGAUUUUUAAAAUUGGCUUAAAAGGAAAUGCUACUUUUAGAUAUCGUUACACUGACCCAAAUGGGAAACAAUAUUAUUCACUUAAUGUCCUAUGCACAGAGCUAAAAAACAUUUCUUCAAAUUCAUUCGAUGUCAAGAAUCUUGAAUCUUUAACAUCAUCAGCAUCCAACAAAGAAGAACCACAAAUACAAGAUUUACACGUUGUUGAAUCUGAAUACUGUCCACAGGCUGUAGUUGACUAUUACUCAUUGAUAUCAGCACCAAACUUUGACUUACAAAAGAUGAGAGAUGAUAAGUUUAAAAAACUUCAAAUUAGUGCAAGAAAGCAUCUUUUUGCUGUUGGGUGGUCGAAUUUUCAUUUAGAACAUGAUUCUGGUAGGAAGGUAAUUGUUUACAGUUCACCAAAUGGAAGAAAGUUCUACAGUCUUCAUGAAGCCUGCAGUCAUUAUAUCAAGGAAUCUUUUUGCUUUGACUUUAACAAGACUUUCAAGAACGAAAAUGGUGUUUUGCAUACUGAAUCCCCAAUAAAAAAAGACGAAUCUUUGAUGACUACUACUAAUACCCAUGUGUUAAGAUCAAGCAAAAGGGCACGAAAAGAUGUUUCUUCAUUGUUUCAAACCCCAAGAACCAUUUUAUCUUGGUUGAUUGAUAAUAAUGUUGUUUUGCCUCGAGCAAAAGUGAGAUAUAUUUGUAAGAAAAAUGGUUUUACAAUGAAGGAAGGUCGAAUAACUCGUGAUGGGAUUAAAUGUAGUUGUUGUCGAUCCACUUUUAGCCUCUUGACGUUUCAAUCUCAUGGUGGAAGCUCUUAUGGGAGAGCUUCUGCUAACAUAUUUCUUGAAGAUGGAAGAUCAUUACUCGAUUGUCAAUUGCAAAUUAAACUUGAUCAAAGUUCAAAGUCAAAUCUAAAAGGAAACCAACAUGAAAUGGUUAAUGACAAUGAUUAUAUAUGUUCUGUUUGUCAAUAUGGAGGGGAGUUAGUGUUAUGUGAUCAAUGCCCUUCUUCGUUUCACAAAUCUUGCGUGGGAUUAAAGGAGGUUCCUGAUGGUGAAUGGUUUUGUCCAUCUUGCUGUUGUAGAAUAUGUAAUCAGAACAGAUUUAGUGAACAAAAUACAAAUAGUGAAAUGAUAAAUUGUGAACAAUGUGACAAAGGAUAUCAUGUAGGGUGCUUAAAAAGAAAGGUGGGGAGUUAUCUUGAAGCAAAUUGGUUUUGUAGUUCAAGAUGUGAAGAGAUAUUUACGGGUCUUGAAAGGCUUUUAGGGAAGUCAAUUCCAGUUGGGAGGGAUAAGGAUAACUUAACAUGGACCUUAAGAAAAAAUAAGACAUCUGAAUGUUCUACUUCUAAUGAUGAUAUUGAUGCCUUAAAUAUGGAGGAAAUAAUAGAGAAUUAUAGCAAGUUGAAUGUUGCUAUUAGUGUCAUGCAUGAAUGCUUUGAGCCAGUUAAAGAAGCUCGCACUGGGAGAGAUAUAGUUGAAGAUGUUAUCUUUUGUAGAUGGUCAGAGUUACGUCGUUUGAACUUUAAGGGUUUUUACACGGUUUUUUUGGAGAAAGGUGAUGAGCUAAUUUCAACUGCUACAUUAAGGGUUUAUGGAGAAAAAGUAGCGGAGAUCCCACUUGUUGGAACACGAUUCCAAUACCGUAGACGUGGAAUGUGUCAUAUUCUCAUGCACCAACUUGAAAAGAUUCUUACAGAGUUAGGAGUGAAGAAAUUAGUUUUGCCAGCUGUCUCAAGCGUUCUACACACUUGGACAAGAUCCUUUGGCUUCUCAGUGAUGACCGAAUCCGAAAAAUUCAAACUUUUAGGCUUCACUUUUCUUGAUUUCCAAGGCACUACAACAUGCCACAAAAUCUUGGUCAAACCUUGUUCCUCAAGGAACAAUGGUCACUUAGAACCUCAAAGUGCAACAAAUUUACAACCAAAUUGUUACAAAAGGAUAAAAUUUAGGUGUCUUUCCGAAAGUAACUUCAUUGAAAUAUGUAAGUAGAGGUUAUAAUGAUCUUUAACCUUGUUUUUUGUUUAAAAAAAAAUGGUGAUAGAUGAAAAAAGAAUGCAUGUUUUAAUACAAUCAUUGGG